GGUUUUUAGCACGUUUUUAACCAUUAAAAAAAAUCUUAAACAGAAACAGCAACGAUCGUAGCUAUAUUUCUAAAUUAAAGAGAUCCUAAGUGCCGCGGGAUUUGUGAGAAUAAUUAAAAAGCAAAGUGAUUGAAACUUCGUGUUAAUGGACGAAACUUCCUCGAGAAACCUUUAGUUUCGUUGACAUGGAAGGUUGUAGGUUUAAUUGUGGUCACUAAUUUUUGCAUUUGUAUUUUGCCUCGUAAGGCGUGAUUUAAUUUAUAAUUUAAGACGUAAAAUAUAUAUAAAAAAAUAUCUUGACUAGCCACACUAGCUAGAUUACGUUUACACAUAUUCAUCCUGGACUCCAGGCAGUAUUUCUCAAUUUCUUUGUAUUAAAAAUAUAAAGUAAAAACCGAUAUUAUGUAAAAUUUCAAAGGAGACACAAAUAUUGCUUGGUUUAUAUAUAAUAGUUGUUACGCUUUGGGAUAAUGACGUCUUGGAAUAAUGGAUCUAACCCGUGAGUUAUUAACGACAUACUUUGUAGUGUUUAUGUUUGUUUCCGUGACAGCGGUGGAGUUUUCUAGAGAAGCCGAAGGUUACCCACUUGGAUUGCUUCCCGAAUGUCCAAACUCAGACAAACCCGCCGCCAUUAAACCAAAAAGCCUAAACAAACUGUACAUGACUGUGAUGAACAAAGACCACAGACUAACAAGAUCAUACGAUUAUUACCACAUAGGGAACCUAGCCAAGAACAAGGAUAUAGACUUUAGUAAGAAGACGUUACUAUACUGUGGCGGUUACUUGGAUUCUACUAGUUGGCCUUUUGGGAGUGUACUAGGGCAAGCAUAUAAGGAUUCGGGAUAUAAUGUGCUGCUGUUGGAUACUUUGGAGUUUACCGCACGAUCAUAUCCUCUAGCCUCGCGCGUACUACGACCAAUCGGCAAGCACGUAGCCGAAAUGCUGGUCAAGUUAACAGCACACGGCCUCGACCCAAAAAAGCUGGAGCUCAUCGGUCUAAGCCUCGGCGCUCACACAAUGAGCUUCAUCGCCAAAAACUAUCGGCUCUUAACCGGCCAAAAUAUCUCCUCACUCACUGCCCUGGAUGCUGCCGGGCCUUGCUUUAGAAAAGCAGCACCAGACCAAAGACUGGACCCUUCCGAUGCUGACUUUGUCCGUGCUGUAGUCACAAACAUGGACGGUUUCGGCAUGGAGCUCCCCGUCGGACAUGUCGUGUUCUACGCCAACGGAGGAGAAUACCAGCCAGGAGACAUACCUUGGCUACCCUGUGACGUCAUUUGCAGUCAUAUCAGAGGAUACUUCCUGUGGCUAUCAGCUUUACACAACCCUGGUACUUUCAUCGGUGUGCGUUGCGAUACGAUGCAGCAGGUCAGAGAUGGUGACUGCUACGAUUUAAAACCAAUGGUCACUAAUACAUUAGAUUUAUAUACUGAUAGAAGUAAACCAGGAAUCUAUUAUCUUCAAACGAGUAACUGGUACCCGUAUGCUAUGGGAAAGAGAGGGUUAAAGAAAAUCAAGCCGGGGACAUACCGUCUUUCCACGUCUUUAAAUGACAUUUUUCAAGUGAAAUAAGCUGAUCUAAUUAGA